GUAAUGAGGCCCCGCCUUUUAUGCUGCUCCCACUCUGCGGCGGGAAGAACCACCUGGAGGUGGCGGGGGGGGGAUUGAUUUCCAUCACCCCUAGGGAGAGAGGAUCGGGGACCCGCUGAUCUUCCAGCUCCCCUCACCCAACAUCGUGCACCUCGCAGAGACAUCCCUUCGUCCUUCAUGAACACCUGCGUGGUAGACAGGUGACUGCCCUCCGGCCCAUGCUGCUCUAGGCGCCCUGACGUGAGCUGUCCAGGGAGAGGAUGGAUUCCAAAGAUGAGAGCUCACACGUGUGGCCCGCGGCUGCCGAACACGAAGAGAGCGCCACACAGGUACACUUUGUCCCAGACGCCGGAACUGUGGCUCAGAUCGUCUACACCGAUGACCAGGUUCGGCCGCCCCAGCAGGUGGUGUAUACGGCAGAUGGUGCCUCCUACACUUCAGUGGAUGGUCCCGAGCACACCCUGGUGUACAUCCAUCCCGUGGAAGCUGCUCAGACUCUGUUUACAGACCCCGGCCAGGUAGCUUAUGUCCAACAGGAUGCUACAACUCAGCAGGCCUCAUUGCCGGUGCAUAACCAGGUGUUACCUUCCAUCGAGAGUGUGGACGGCUCGGACCCUCUGGCCACUCUGCAGAACCCUAUGAGUAGACUGGAGGCCAAAGAGGAAGAGGAUGAGGAUGAGGAUGAGGACUCAGAGGAAGAGGAGGAGGAAGAUGGUGAAGACACAGACCUGGAUGACUGGGAACCGGAUCCCCCUCGGCCCUUUGACCCGCACGACUUAUGGUGUGAGGAGUGUAACAAUGCACACUCUUCAGUGUGCCCGAAGCACGGCCCCUUGCACCCCAUCCCCAACCGCCCCGUGCUCACCAGAGCCAGAGCCAGCCUCCCCCUGGUCCUCUACAUUGACCGGUUCCUUGGAGGUGUGUUCUCCAAAAGGCGCAUCCCUAAGCGCACCCAGUUUGGCCCCGUGGAGGGACCCCUUGUCAGGGAGUCCGAGCUGAAAGACUGUUACAUUCACCUAAAGGUUUCCCUUGACAAAGGGGACAGGAAAGACAGGGACUUGCACGAAGACCUCUGGUUUGAGUUGUCUGAUGAGACCCUUUGUAACUGGAUGAUGUUUGUGCGCCCAGCCCAGAACCACCUGGAGCAGAACCUGGUGGCUUACCAGUAUGGCCAUCACGUGUAUUACACAACAAUAAAGAACGUGGAACCCAAGCAGGAACUGAAGGUGUGGUACGCCGCGUCCUACGCUGAGUUUGUGAACCAGAAAAUUCAUGACAUUUCUGAGGAAGAAAGGAAAGUUCUUCGAGAGCAAGAGAAGAAUUGGCCCUGCUAUGAAUGUAACCGCCGAUUUAUAAGCUCGGAGCAGUUGCAACAGCAUCUCAAUUCUCAUGAUGAGAAACUGGAUGUAUUUAGCAGAACAAGAUGCAGAGGAAGGGGACGAGGCAAGAGGCGAUUUGGCCCAGGCCGACGGCCAGGACGUCCUCCAAAGUUUAUCCGCUUGGAAAUCACCAGCGAAAAUGGGGAGAAGUGUGAUGAUGGGACACAGGACUUGCUGCAUUUUUCGCCCAAGGAACAGUUUGAUGAGGCUGAGCCAGCUACUCUGAAUGGGCUGGAUCAACCAGAACAGACCACUCUCCCGAUCCCUCAGCUGCCACAGGAGACCCCGUCUUCCCUGGAGCAGGAGCCGGAAGCUCACAGCCUGCACCUGCAGCCCCAGCACGAGGAGAGCGUGCUGCCCACCCAGAGCACCCUGACCGCCGAUGACAUGCGCAGGGCCAAACGCAUCCGAUUGGAGCUGCAGAACGCAGCUCUCCAGCAUCUGUUCAUUCGCAAGUCGUUCCGGCCUUUUAAAUGUUUGCAGUGUGGGAAGGCCUUCCGUGAAAAGGACAAACUGGACCAGCACUUGCGCUUCCACGGGCGGGAGGGGAACUGCCCGUUGACCUGUGACCUCUGUAACAAGGGCUUCAUCAGCAGCGCGUCCUUGGAGAGCCACAUGAAGCUCCAUUCGGACCAGAAGACGUACUCUUGCAUUUUUUGCCCGGAAUCCUUUGACCGCCUUGAUUUGCUGAAAGACCAUGUGGCCAUCCAUAUCCAUGACGGCUACUUCACCUGCCCGACCUGUAAGAAGCGGUUCCCAGAUUUCAUCCAGGUGAAAAAACACGUGCGAAGCUUCCACUCAGAAAAGAUCUACCAGUGCACGGAGUGCGACAAGGCCUUCUGCCGCCCCGACAAGCUGCGCCUCCACAUGCUCCGACACUCGGACCGCAAGGAUUUCCUGUGUUCUACGUGUGGGAAGCAGUUUAAGCGAAAAGACAAACUGCGGGAACACAUGCAGAGGAUGCACAAUCCCGAGAGGGAGGCCAAGAAAGCUGACCGCAUCAGCCGCUCCAAGACCUUCAAGCCUCGCAUCACGUCCACCGACUACGACAGCUUCACGUUCAAGUGCCGCCUGUGCAUGAUGGGCUUCCGGAGACGGGGCAUGCUGGUCAAUCACUUAUCAAAGAGGCACCCGGACAUGAAGAUAGAAGAGGUGCCGGAGUUAACCCUGCCCAUCAUCAAGCCCAACCGCGACUACUUCUGUCAGUACUGUGACAAGGUUUACAAAAGUGCCAGCAAGCGGAAGGCCCACAUCCUGAAGAACCAUCCUGGGGCCGAGCUCCCGCCAAGCAUUCGGAAGCUGCGUCCUGCCGGCCCUGGAGAACCGGACCCCAUGCUGAGUACCCACACCCAGCUCACCGGCACCAUAGCUACCCCUCCUGUCUGCUGCCCCCACUGCUCCAAACAGUACAGCAGCAAGACCAAGAUGGUCCAGCACAUUCGCAAGAAGCAUCCAGAGUACGCCCAGCUCCCUAACACCUUGCACACGCCGCUGACCACCGCUGUGAUCAGCACCGCUCCGGCCGUGUUAACCACCGACAGUGCCACCGGCGAGACCGUGGUGACAACAGACCUGCUAACCCAGGCCAUGACAGAGCUGUCCCAGACCCUGACGACAGAUUACCGGACGCCGCAAGGGGACUACCAGCGAAUUCAGUACAUCCCCAUGUCACAGUCCGCGUCCGGUCUCCAGCAGCCUCAGCAAAUACAGCUUCAAGUGGUGCAAGUGGCCCCGGCCACCUCCCCUCACCAGUCUCAGCAGUCCACUGUGGACGUGGGCCAGCUGCACGACCCGCAGACCUACACCCAGCACGCCAUCCAGGUGCAGCACAUCCAGGUCACCGAGCCCGCCGCCUCGGCCCCGGCCUCCCAGGUGGCUGGGCAGCCGCUGAGCCCCUCCUCCCAGCAGUCUCAGCAGGGGCUCAGCCCCUCCCACAUGCAAGGCAGCUCCUCGGCCCCAGGCCAGGCACCCCAGCAGCAGCAGAGCUCUGUGCAGCCCACUUACCUGCCCAGCACCUGGAACUCCUUCCGUGGCUACUCAUCCGAGAUUCAAAUGAUGACGCUUCCCCCGGGACAGUUUGUGAUCACAGAUAGUGGUGUGGCAACUCCAGUCACAACCGGCCAAGUGAAGGCGGUUACUCCGGGUCAUUAUGUGUUAUCAGAAAGUCAGCCGGAACUGGAGGAAAAGCAAGCUUCAGCCCUCUCUGGGGGAGUCCAGGUUCAGCCAACUGCGCACAGUGACUUGGACCCCCAGCCCACCAGCCAACAGCAGCCCACACAGUACAUCAUUACAACCACCACCAACGGCAACGGGAGCAGGGAAGUGCUUAUCACCAAACCUUAACUGCCGCCCUGGAGCUAGAAUCCAGCAGUCACAUCAUGUCUUUUCUCAUUCAUAAAUCGGAAAGCUUCUGACACUUA